AUGUCUGAUUUCAUGUCCCCCAUGUUCUGCUGUUUCAGCUGUGAUGAUGACAGGUUCUUCCAGAGGGUGUGUGAAUCCGUCCCUGUGAGGUCCAGAGAGGAGGACCAGCAGUUGGCCUCUCUCCUCCAGGCCUUGGGCUCCACCCUGUCACUGGGAGGAGAGUUACCCAGGAAAACCUGCAGGUCUGUGGGGAGAGUCCUGGGUCUCUGUGCCUCCAGAGUGGACCUCACUCUUACCCCCAGCAAGAUCUCUCUCCAAGGAGCCUUACUUAUUGUGAGACAUGAGUCAAAGCUACACAAGCUCAGGCUGAAUGUGGGCAUGGCAGUGAAACUGUCCAGACUGGUUAGGAGGACAGGGAGAGAGCAACCAGCCACCAGAGAGAGAGUGUUAUCCAGGGCUCUGAGUAGUGUGGCAUCCCUGCUGAGACUCUGGAGGGUUCAGUGUCUGGACCUGACUGACUUCUGGAUCCAGGGUCACUCUCUCAUCACACUGCUGUGUCACCAGGGACCUCUCUCUCUCAGACUGAACUCAGACACUCUGCAGCAGCUGACUGUAGUUGUGUAUGAAGCUCAGGACAAGGACUUGACUCAGUGGUUCCUGGAGAAGGUUGGUGGAGACCUGACCUCCUGCAGGCUGGACCUGGAAGUGCUUCUCUCUCUGCUGCAGCAUUCAACCCACAACAUCACUGUGGACCUCAGGAAAAAUAUACUCCUAGAGAAGUACAUCUCAGAUCUUCUCCCCUUUCUGGGAAGGGUUAUAUUCAAGAGGUCCAGUUCCAGCUUUGUAAAGUCCACCAUCAGACAGAUCUAUGACAGCAGAGCCAGUGACUGUGUGUCCAGUUUGUUGAGGUCUUCAGACCAUUGGAUCAACCUGAACAGCAGAGAGCUGGACAGAGUGGACUGUACUGCUCUGGGUUUUACCCUGCAGCACUGCCACCAAGUCAAAGUCAACCUGCUGUGGACCUCCAUACCACCGGGGGAGAUAGAGAGCAUCCUGCCUCUUCUGGACAGAGUCUCCCAACUCAGUGUUGAUAGGAGGUUACUGCUGAGUUUCCUCCAGUGCUGUGCUGCCUCUCAGAUCCAGCAGGGGGCACCACCACCACCAACAGCAGUAUGGCUGCUCAGGUCUCUGCACUACAGGCUGGACUUCUCCUGCUCCUCCUCUGUGGACCUGUCAGCUCAGGACCAGGAGGAGGCUCUGUGUCUGACCACUGACCACUGCAGGGCCAUCCACUCUGUUCUGAAGCAGAACCAACACAGCACCCAGCUGGUCCAGAACCAGGUGCAGAUCAUCCUAAGAGACUGUGAGGUGGAGGACAGAGCACUGAGGGAGCUGCUUCCCAUCCUGCAUAUUGUCAAGCUGAGCCCCAGCAAAGCUCUGCUACGUCAGCUGCUGGACCUUGUGUGUGAGGGGAUUGAAGAGGGGGUGCUGAGGCACGCAGAGUCCCUGUGCAGAGCCCUGGAUGGAGAGCUGGACCUCAGUGAGACCAGGCUGGACCAGAAGGCCUGUGGAUCUCUGGCCCUGGUUCUGGAACACUCAGAGGGGCUGUCAGAACUGGACCUCAGCCACUGUCAACUCACAGACCACCACCUACAGGCCCUGAUCACACACCUGCACAAAGUACAAGUCCUGGAUGUUGACAGGAGGUUACUGCUGAGUUUCCUCCAGUGCUGUGCUGCCUCUCAGAUCCAGCAGGGGGCACCACCACCACCACCACCAACAGCAGUAUGGCUGCUCAGGUCUCUGCACUACAGGCUGGACUUCUCCUGCUCCUCCUCUGUGGACCUGUCAGCUCAGGACCAGGAGGAGGCUCUGUGUCUGACCACUGACCACUGCAGGGCCAUCCACUCUGUUCUGAAGCAGAACCAACACAGCACCCAGCUGGUCCAGAACCAGGUGCAGAUCAUCCUAAGAGACUGUGAGGUGGAGGACAGAGCACUGAGGGAGCUGCUUCCCAUCCUGCAUAUUGUCAAGCUGAGCCCCAGCAAAGCUCUGCUACGUCAGCUGCUGGACCUUGUGUGUGAGGGGAUUGAAGAGGGGGUGCUGAGGCACGCAGAGUCCCUGUGCAGAGCCCUGGAUGGAGAGCUGGACCUCAGUGAGACCAGGCUGGACCAGAAGGCCUGUGGAUCUCUGGCCCUGGUUCUGGAACACUCAGAGGGGCUGUCAGAACUGGACCUCAGCCACUGUCAACUCACAGACCACCACCUACAGGCCCUGAUCACACACCUGCACAAAGUACAAGUCCUGGAUGUUGACAGGAGGUUACUGCUGAGUUUCCUCCAGUGCUGUGCUGCCUCUCAGAUCCAGCAGGGGGCACCACCACCACCACCACCAACAGCAGUAUGGCUGCUCAGGUCUCUGCACUACAGGCUGGACUUCUCCUGCUCCUCCUCUGUGGACCUGUCAGCUCAGGACCAGGAGGAGGCUCUGUGUCUGACCACUGACCACUGCAGGGCCAUCCACUCUGUUCUGAAGCAGAACCAACACAGCACCCAGCUGGUCCAGAACCAGGUGCAGAUCAUCCUAAGAGACUGUGAGGUGGAGGACAGAGCACUGAGGGAGCUGCUUCCCAUCCUGCAUAUUGUCAAGCUGAGCCCCAGCAAAGCUCUGCUACGUCAGCUGCUGGACCUUGUGUGUGAGGGGAUUGAAGAGGGGGUGCUGAGGCACGCAGAGUCCCUGUGCAGAGCCCUGGAUGGAGAGCUGGACCUCAGUGAGACCAGGCUGGACCAGAAGGCCUGUGGAUCUCUGGCCCUGGUUCUGGAACACUCAGAGGGGCUGUCAGAACUGGACCUCAGCCACUGUCAACUCACAGACCACCACCUACAGGCCCUGAUCACACACCUGCACAAAGUACAAGUCCUGGACCUGAGUCACAAUGACAUCACUGAUGCUCUGACUGACAAAAUACUCCAACUGGUCUCCACCAACACUUCAAUACACACCGUACGACUCUUCAACAACAGAAUCCAGGACAGAAGACCCUUCCUGAAAGACAAGAAGUUUGAGAUCUGGUGAAGAUAAUGUUGUAUAAUGAAAGUAUAAUAUGGUCAAUGUAGAAGGCUGGUUUGAGAUCUGGUGAAGAUAAUGUUGUAUAAUGACAGUAUAAUGUGGUCAAUGUAUAUAGAAGGCUGGUUCAAAAUCACACUGAUUGAUCUGAGUCCAUAAAAAUAGUCUUAGGGACAGGAAUGUAUCAUCUGGUGGACAGACGUCUUACAUGUGUUGUCACUCAGGUCCUUAAAAACACAGGAACAUGUGUAUUAUAACUGUAGGAUAGGAAUAUGUAGUUUUAUUUACCACUAACAGUUGAUACGUCUGUACUGUCAUUAAGAUCCUUAAAAACACAGGAACAUGUGUAUUAUAACUGUAGGAUAGGAAUAUGUAGUUUUAUUUACCACUAACAGUUUGUGUGUAAAUACUUUAAAUAUUCAUACAUUAUUUUGUAUCACAU